AUGGACAAUUGCACUUUGCCAAGUGACUAUGAUGUUUUCAUAGAAGACGACUUUACUCAUGACCUGACAGAAGAAUGUCAUAAGUAUGAUGAUAAAGUCUUUGCAGCACAAUUUCUGCCAACAUUUUAUUCCUUGAUGUUUAUCCUUGGUCUGCUAGGCAAUGCCUUCCUUGUGUUAAUCCUGGUUAAAUAUAAAGGACUCAAAGUGGUGGUGAACAUCUAUUUCCUAAACAUAGCAAUUUCUAAUUUUCUUUUCUUGGUCACCUUCCCUUUCUCAAUUCACACUGCAAUACACAGCUGGGACCUUGGAGAUGCAACGUGUAAAAUAAUUUCUGGGUUUUACUCAGUAGGCUUCUAUGGAUACGUGUGUUUCCUGGUACUCUUAAUAAUACAUCGGUACCUGGCAAUUGUCCACGUGGGAAGAUUUCGCUUAGCUACCAAGAAGACCACCUGUGGCAUCAUUAUAAGCACGUGGGGAAUAGCCAUGCUGGUCACUUUACCAGAAUAUAUGCUUUCCCAAGUUCAGAUGGAAGACAGAGAUUACAUCUGCUACUUUGUUCAGAUCUACCAAUAUCCUCCAGGGGAUGAGAAGUUCUGGAAGUAUUUUCUGACUUUAAAGAUGAACAUUUUGGGAAUUCUCAUCCCACUGUUUGUUUUUAUCUUUUGCUAUAUGAGAAUUAAGAAAACAUCUAGAUAUAAGGAGAAAAGGUAUGAACUUCUUAGACUUAUCUUUGUCAUAACACUUGUUUUUAUGGGGUUGUGGACACCUUAUAAUCUAGUGCUUUUCCUUAAAACUUUUCAAGAGCACUUGAACCUGAAUGAUUGUGACAUCAAUUAUCACCUGGACAAAGCAAUCCAAGUAACCAAAAUCAUUGCAAACACUCAUUGCUGCAUUUAUCCCAUGAUCUGUGGGCUUCUAGAUGAGAUAUUUCUGAAACGAUUCUGUUACUUUUUCCAUCCCAGAAAUGAAACUGAAGGUCAUUUCAGUGAGGGAUCAGAACAACAAUCAUCUACAACAAAAGGACCACCAUACCAUUCCACUCGUUUAUAAACUCUAUUCAAUGUAGGUUGAAAAAAAUUUCCCUUGAUUCCAUUUAUUACUUGGCUUUGGGUAAUUAAUUUUGUGUAGAUCUCUAUUAUGUAUUCAUAUAUGUAUGAGGCAUGUAUGUGUGCUUACAAACUAAAUGUAUGUAUUAUGUAUAGUAUUUGUCAUAUCUAAUCAACCAAUUAAAUUAUGAGUUCCUUAAAGUUUGGGAUGGACUGACCCUUUUUAUUAUUCUGAAAAUCCU